AGGAGGAGGCAGGAUUCGCACUAGGCUCCCCGAGGGCCCCAUCCUGUCUCCGGAGGAGGAGAGAAGCGGGGAGGCCUCUCCAGCGGCCUCCUUCCCGGACCUGCUGCGGGGGGUGGGGGGACCUCGGCCCUGGGCUGGGAUGAGCCGCUGGAGGCUCCGGGCAGGUUGGGUGAAGGUCGCUCAGUGGCUGAAUCCCACUUUCUAAUUCUUUCUGUUUUUCUUCCCAUCUCAGAUACAGAAACUGGAAGCCAUUUGUGGUCUUUGCAAGGAAAACUUUUCUCUUGGGGGAGAAAAAAAGAGCAGAAUCACCUGCAGGGAUCAGUCCUGCGGCCCUAGAAAUGGUCCCGUGAAAGGAAGAGGCAUCUGGAGACCCACCAGAGUCCUUGGAGCCAUUUGGAGUUGCUCUGCAGGACGGAGAAAGGAUGGAGGCACAACCUUUGGGAAAGGAGGGAGCCGGAAAAGGCCUUUCAGCUGCUCAGCCUCGGAAGGGGAGGAAGCUCUGGACAAGAACCAGGCAGAAGAUCCUGGAGGAGGAAACCAUCCUCCCUUCAGAAGUUCAGCCCUGGAACUUCAUCCAAUACCGGGAGGCUGAGGGUCCCCGAGGACUUUGCAGCCGACUCCAUGAGUUUUGCAGGCGAUGGCUGAGACCAGAAAAGCACACCAAAGCCCAGAUGCUGGACCUGGUACUUCUGGAGCAGCUCCUGGGUCUCCUGCCCCCAGAGAUGGAGGGCUGGGUGCUGGAGUGUGGAGCAGAGACCAGCUCCCAGGCGGUGGCCUUGGCUGAAGGCUUCCUCGAGAGCCAGGCAGAGGAGCAGAAGCAGCAGGUCCAGUUGCAGUGUUGCACUGUGGAGAUCAGAGAUCCUGAGGGAAGGAAGAACCCAUCAAAUCCCCCCCAGGAGCUAUUUUUCAGGAGGAUCCCUUGGGAAGAUCAAAGUCAGGACACCUCAGGAGAGGAACAAAGAAUGAAGGUUUCUGGUUUUUAUGACGGAGAUCAAACAGCGGUUGACCCUCCAAAUCAAAUACAGAAACUGGAAGCCAUUUGUGGUCUUUCCAAGGCAAACUUUUCUCUUGUGGGAGAAAAAAAGAGUGGAAUCGCUUGCAGGGAUCAGUCCUGCGGCCCCAGAAAUGGUCCCGUGAAGGAAAAGGCAUCUGGAAACCCACCAGAGUCCUUGGAGCCAUUUGGAGUUGCUCUGCAGGACAGAGAAAGGAUGGAGACACAACCUUUGGGAAAGGAGGGAGCCGGAAAAGGCCCUUCAGCUGCUCAGCCUGGGAAUUGGGGGAAGCUCUGGACAAGAACCAGGCAGAAGAUCCUGGAGGAGGAAACCAUCCUCCCUUCAGAAGUUCAGCCCUGGACCUUUAUCCAAUACCGGGAGGCUGAGGGUCCCCGAGGACUUUGCAGCCGACUCCACGACUUUUGCAGGCGAUGGCUGAGACCAGAAAAGCACACCAAAGCUCAGAUGCUGGACCUGGUGGUUCUGGAGCAGCUCCUGGCUCUUCUGCCCUCAGAGAUGGAGGGGUGGGUGCGGGAGUGUGGAGCAGAGACCAGCUCCCAGGCGGUGGCUCUGUCUGAAGGCUUCCUCGUGAGCCAGGCGGAGGAGCAGAAGAAGCAGGUCCAGUUGCAGUGUUGCACUGUGGAGAUCAGAGAUCCUGAGGGAAGGAAGAACCCAUCAAAUCCCCCCCAGGAGCUAUUUUUCAGGAGGAUCCCUUGGGAAGAUCCAAGUCAGGACACCUCAGGAGAGAAACAAAGACUGAAGCUUUCUGUUUUUUUUGACGGAGAUCAAACAGCGGUUGACCCUCCAAAUCAAAUACAGAAACUGGAAGCCAUUUGUGGUCUUUCCAAGGCAAACUUUUCUCUUGGGGGAGAAAAAAAGAGCAGAAUCGCUUGCAGGGAUCAGUCCUGUGGCCCCAGAAAUGGUCCUGUGAAGGAAACGGCAUCUGGAGACCCACCAGAGUCCUUGGAGCCAUUUGGAGUUGCUCUGCAGGAGAGAGAAAGGAUGGAGACACAACCUUUGGGAAAGGAGGGAGCCGGAAAAGGCCCUUCAGCUGCUCAGCCUGGGAAGCUCUGGACAAGGACUGGACAGAAGAUCCUGGAGGAGGAAACCAUCCUCCCUUCAGAAGUUCAGCCCUGGAGCUUCAUCCAGUACCGGGAGGUUGAGGGUCCCCGAGGACUUUGCAUCCGACUCCAUGACUUUUGCAGGCGAUGGCUGAGACCAGAAAAGCACACCAAAGCCCAGAUGCUGGACCUGGUGGUUCUGGAGCAGCUCCUGGCUCUCCUGCCCCCAGAGUUGGAGAGCUGGGUGCGGGAGUGUGGAGCAGAGACCAGCUCCCAGGCGGUGGCCCUAGCAGAAGGCUUUCUCCUGAGCCAGGUGGAGGAGCAGAAGGAGCAGGUCCAGUUGCAGUGCUGCACUGUGGAGAUCAGAGAUCCUGAGGGAAGGAAGAACCCAUCAAAUCCCCCCCAGGAGCUAUUUUUCAGGAGGAUCCCGUGGGAAGAUCAAAGUCAGGACACCUCAGGAGAGAAACAAAGAAUGAAGCUUUCUGGUUUUUAUGUCGGAAAUCAAACAGCGGUUGACCCUCCAAAUCAAGAGAGUCUUGUGUCCUUCGAGGAGGUGGCUGUGUCUUUCUCUGAGGAGAAAUGGUCUCAGCUGGAUCCUGACCAGAAAGCGCUGUAUUCGGAAGUUAUGCUUGAAAACCAUAGGAACGUGGUCACUCUGGGUAAUAAUGGGCAGGAGAAUCAAGAUUUCUGUGAACCGUUCCAAGGGAUCUGUGCUAAAGAUGGAACAGAGAAGUUUGGAAUUCGAAUGGAAUUAGGGAGCCAUGAGAGAAACCAGUCAAAGAAUUGGAAUCAGGAAAGUUCGUCUUCCACCGAUGCUCCAAUGGAAGACUUUCUUGCCCAACAAGAGAAAAGAAUGAAAAAAUACGUUGAGAAAAGUGUGAAACUAAUCAAAGCUAAAAUACAAGUAAAUGAACACUAUUUAACCCAAAACAAAGGAAAAGAUGCUAUAAGAAGACACAAUGGACAAAAUUACAAUGGGACAUUCAUUCGUUCACUUGGAAAUAACUUACUUACAUCUGAAAAAACGAUUGACACAAAAGAGAAACCUUAUAAAUGUUUCGAAUGUGGAAAAUGUUUUAGAAUAAGCGGGCAACUUAUUAUCCAUAAAAGGAUCCACACAGAGGAGAAGCCAUAUAAAUGCAUGGAGUGUGGAAAGACCUUUGCUCGAAGAGGAAAUCUUAUUUCCCAUAAGAUGAUCCACACAGGAGAGAAGCCGUAUAAAUGCAUGGAGUGUGGAAAGACCUUUGCUCAUAGCAGUACACUUACUAACCAUAAAAGAAACCACACAGGAGAGAAGCCGUAUAAAUGCAUGGAGUGUGGAAAGACUUUUGCUCAUAGCAGUACACUUACUAACCAUAAAAGAAACCACACAGGGGAGAAGCCAUAUAAAUGCAUGGAGUGUGGAAAGACCUUUGCUCAAAGAGGAAAUCUUAUUUCCCAUAAGAUGAUCCACACAGGAGAGAAGCCGUAUAAAUGCAUGGAGUGUGGAAAGACCUUUGCUCAUAGCAGUACACUUACUAAACAUAAGAGAAACCACACAGGGGAGAAGCCGUAUAAAUGCACGGAGUGUGGAAUGAUCUUUGCUCAUAGGAGUACACUUACUAACCAUAAAAGAAACCACACAGGGGAGAAGCCAUAUAAAUGCAUGGAGUGUGGAAAGACCUUUGCUCGAAGAGAUAGUCUUAUUUCCCAUAAGAUGACCCACACAGGGGAGAAGCCGUAUAAAUGCACGGAGUGUGGAAAGACCUUUGCUCAUAGCAGUACACUUACUAACCAUAAAAGAUACCACACAGGGGAGAAGCCGUAUAAAUGCAUGGAGUGUGGAAAGACCUUUGCUCGAAGACAUAGUCUUAUUUCCCAUAAGAUGAUCCACACAGGGGAGAAACCGUAUAAAUGCAUGGAGUGUGGAAAGACCUUUGCUCAUAGCGGUACACUUACUAACCAUAAAAGAUACCACACAGGGGAGAAGCCGUAUGAAUGCAUGGAGUGUGGAAAGACCUUUGCUAAUAGCAGUACACUUACUAACCAUAAAAGAAACCACACAGGGGAGAAGCCAUAUAAAUGCAUGGAGUGUGGAAAGAUCUUUGCCCAAAGAAGUCAUUUUAUUUCCCAUAAGAUCAUCCACACGGGAGAAAAGCCGUAUAAAUGCAUGGAGUGUGGAAAGACCUUUGCCCAAAGAAGUCAUCUUAUUUCCCAUAAGAUCAUCCACACAGGGGAGAAACCAUAUAAAUGCAUGGAGUGUGGAAAGACCUUUGCUCAUAGCAAUAGUCUUAUUUCCCAUAAGAUGACCCACACAGGAGAGAAGCCGUAUAAAUGCAUGGAGUGUGGAAAGACCUUUGCUCAUAGCAGUACACUUACUAAACAUAAAAGAAACCACACAGGGGAGAAGCCAUAUAAAUGCAUGGAGUGUGGAAAGACCUUUGCUCAUAGCGGUACACUUACUAACCAUAAAAGGAUCCACACAGAGGAGAAGCCAUAUAAAUGCAUGGAGUGUGGAAAGUCCUUUGCUCGAAGAUAUAAUCUUAUUUCCCAUAAGAUGAUCCACACAGGAGAGAAGCCGUAUAAAUGCAUGGAGUGUGGAAAGACCUUUGCUCAUAGCAGUACAGUAACUUCCCAUAAGAUGAUCCACACAGGGGAAAAGCCAUAUAAAUGCAUGGAGUGUGGAAAGACCUUUGCUCAUAGCAGUACACUUACUAACCAUAAAAGAAACCAUACAGGGGAGAAGCCAUAUAAAUGCAUGGAGUGUGGAAACACCUUUGCUCGAAGAGAAAAUCUUAUUUCCCAUAAGAUGACCCACACAGGAGAGAAGCCGUAUAAAUGCAUGGAGUGUGGAAAGACCUUUGCUCAUAGCAGUACACUUACUAAACAUAAAAGAAACCACACAGGGGAGAAGCCAUAUAAAUGCAUGGAGUGUGGAAAGACCUUUGCUCGAAGAGAUGUUCUUAUUUCCCAUAAGAUGACCCACACUGGAGAAAAGCCGUAUAAAUGCAUGGAGUGUGGAAAGACCUUUGCUCAUAGCAGUACACUUACUAACCAUAAAAAAAACCACACGGGAGAAGCCAUAUAAAUGCAUGGAAUGUGGAAAGACCUUUGCUCAAAGAGAUAGUCUUAUUUCCCAUAAGAUGACCCACACAGGGGUGAAGCCAUAUAAAUAGUUUGACAGUGUUGGUGGAAUUAUUUGUUUAGCAGAGUGAUGGCCUUUGGGAAAAAACUGUUCUUGUGUCUUGUUGUUCUGGUGUGCAGUGCUCUAUAGCGUCGUUUUCAGGGUAGGAGUUGAAACAGUUUAUGUCCAGGAUGUGAGGGAUCUGUAAAUAUUUUCAAAGCCCUCUUCUUGAUUCGUGCAGUAUACAGGUCCUCAGUGGAAGGCAGGUUGGUAGCAAUUAUUUUUUCUGCAGUUCUAAUUAUCCUCUGAAGUCUGUGUCUUUCUUGUUGGGUUGCAGAACCGAACCAGACAGUUAUAGAGGUGCAAAUGACAGACUCAAUAAUUCCUCUGUAGAACUGAAUCAGCAGCUCCUUGGGCAGUUUGAGCUUACUGUGUUGGCGCAGAAAGAACAUUCUUUGUUGUCCUUUUUUGAUGAUGUUUUUGAUCUGAGCUGUCCAUUUUAGAUCUUGCGAUAUGAUAGAACCUAGAAAUUUAAAGGUUUCUACUGUUGAUACUGUGUUGUCUAGUAUUGUGAGAGGUGGAAGUAUGGAAGGGUUUCUCCUAAAGUCUACUACCAUUUCUACGGGUUUGAGCGUGUUCAGUUCCAGAUUGUUUUGGUUGCACCACAAGGCUAGUCGUUCGACCUCUCGUCUAUAUGCAGAUUCGUCAUUGUCUCAAAUGAGACCAAUCACUGUUGUGUCAUCUGCGAACUUCAGUAGCUUUGACAGAUGGAUCGUUGGAGAUGCAGUCAUUGGUAUACAGAGAGAAGAGAAGUGGGGAGAGCACACAGCCCUGGGGGUGGGUGGGCUGUGCUAAUUGUACAGAUAUUUGAUGUGAUCUUGCUUAGCUUCACCUGCUGCUUCCUGUUUGUUAGGAAGCUUGUGAUCCACUUACAAGUCUGUUCCGGUACCUGUAGCUGGUUUAGCUUAGUUAGAAGAGUGUCUGGAAUGAUGGUAUUGAAUGCUGAACUAAAGUCUACAAAGAGGAUCCUUGCAUAGGUCUUUGGAGACUCAUGAUGUUGUAGGAUGUAGUGCAGAGCCAUAUUAACAGCAUCAUCUGUUGAUCUAUUUGCUCGGUAUGUAGGAAAGCACUAGCCUUUCAAAGGUUUUCAUGACUAUAGAUGUUUUGAAGAGAAAUAUCGUUUCCAAAUAAAUGUAGCUUUUUCCACCUU